UAUUUCCCACAGAGUUGUGUAUUCAGAUCUGUUCUGAAAGAGUGCUCUAUUCGCUCUCACACCACAGCUCCAAAUUCUACACACUGCCUCUCGUGAUCAUUCGCAGACUUCAGUCUCCUACAGCACAGAGACCACAGAGGCAUUUUCCUUCCUUGUGCAGAAACGAAAAGCAUGAGGUAUAUACAUGUAGUGAUUCUGAUGACUCUCAUAAGUGGUGUGUUCGCCGCUCCAUUUGUGAAGGGGGAGCAGGCCAAGAAAUUUUUACGUCUAAAGAGGCAGUCUGGCUACUGGGACCCCAAUCAUGCCCAGAACCAGUGGGGUUACACCUUACAGGAGCAGGUAAAUGAAUACUGGACUGAUCUGAGAACAAAUGCUCAGUAUUACAUGGACAUGGGACACCUUGUGUUUGACCGUUCUCUGGCUGAUGAGACCAAUAGGCUCUACAUGGACAUGCUGAGGGAUGUAAGAGCACAGCUGGAGGCACAUACAGGCCAACAGUGAUUGAUAUGGACAAAAAUGAUCAACUGAUUAAGUCAAUGGCGAGUGCUGAGGCAGCUUUUGCUGAUCUCAGGGUUGUGAGCAGAGCAGCAGCCAAUUUUUAGCUGCUCGGUUCUCUCUGAGAUUGCAGUUAGUUUAGAGCAAUGCUUUUCAGCAUAGUAUAAAUUGCUUAUACAGACUAGAGCACUUAAAAAUAAAAUUAAGGAAUCCAUUAUCAAUGUAUUAAUUAUUAAAUAUAUAUCAGAUAAAGAAAAGU